CCGAGUCUUCGAUAGCGGUAGAGAGUUGGGUAAGGGAAGAUGCCGGCGGGACACGGACUCCGAUCGAGGACUCGAGACUUGUUCGCGAGGCCCUUCAGGAAGAAGGGUUACAUUCCCUUGACCACGUACCUGAGAACCUUUCGCAUCGGAGACUACGUGGACAUCAAAGUAAACGGCGCCGUCCACAAGGGCAUGCCCCACAAGUUCUACCAUGGCCGCACUGGUAAGGUCUGGAACGUCACCAAGCGCGCCAUCGGUGUUGAAGUAAACAAGCAGGUGGGUAACAGGAUAAUCAAGAAGCGGAUCCAUGUGCGAGUGGAGCAUGUGCAACCUUCAAGGUGUACUGAGGAAUUCCGGCUGAGGAAGUUGAAGAAUGAUGAAUUGAAGGCAGAGGCAAAAAAGAACGGCGGUCAGAUCAUCAGCACGAAAAGGCAGCCAGAGGGGCCUAAACCAGGUUUCAUGGUGGAAGGUGCAACCUUGGAAACUGUUACUCCAAUUCCUUAUGAUGUUGUCAAUGAUCUCAAGGGUGGCUACUAGGUCAGCUUUUCCUUGGUUUUGAUUUUUUGUUUGGUUUUUGUGCUGCAAACUUCGGUAGACUGUAUUAGCUUAUUUGAAGGAAUGUUUUUCUGAAAAUCGUCCCUAAGAGGUGUUUACUUUCCAAACAUCUUACUGCUCUUGACAUUUGGGUUAGUUAAAAAUAUGGAAGGUCGUGAAUUCUUUUUUUGCGUGAUU